ACAUGCGCCUCAGUGAAAGCCCGGAAGCACAUGCUGGCGCGCUGCUGCUAAUGUUGUUGUCAUGUGUGACAUGUAGCUAGAAAACCGUAGUGAUUUGUGUGGGGUUUUUUUGGAAACAACGCUUGUGUAAAAAAAGAAAAGAAAAGCAGAGAAUGGCAGCCACAGUGGCUACUCCUGUCACCCCGACGGAACAUGACCCAGACAGGUGUGGGAGCGAAGAGGAGGGCCGCGGGGCCGAGGCGGAGGAGGAGAGCAGCCAGCAGCAGACAGGCCCCGCCGCCGCCGCGACCCACAGCCGGCUGUCCAAACUCCCGCUGGCCCGAAUCAAGGCGCUCAUGAAGACCGACCCAGACGUGUCGCUCGCCAGCCAGGAGUCUGUGUUCAUCAUCGCCAAAGCUACGGAGUUGUUCGUUGAGAUGAUUGCCAAAGAUGCCCUGGUGUAUGCCCAGCAAGGAAAGAGGAAAACUUUGCAAAGAAAAGACUUGGACAACGCAAUAGAGGCCAUAGAUGAAUUUGCAUUUCUUGAAGGCACACUAGAUUAAUAGGGGACAAUGCUUCAGGAGACAAGAAUGUUGAAUACAUAAAACCAUCCAAGAAACCUUCAGUUACAGGGACACGAUUUGUUGUGGAAACCAUUCCUGGUACUUUUCUAAGUCAAACUCUCAAAUUGGAUAUUUAUAAAUGCUUUUCUACUAUGUGCCAUAAUGACUUGUCAUAUUCAACUUUGAAGACAUCAGUGGUAAUGUGUAAAUGUUUUGUAAAUAUUUGUGAAAUAAAUUUAAGAUUUAAGCAACCAAUUUCUGUCACAAUCAUACAGUCCAUCAGUUUGUUACACCCAGAAGUAUUAGUAAAUGUUUGCAACACAA